AUGGAAAACUGGUCGGUUGAUCAAGUCUGCAACUGGUUGAGACAGAAAAAUUUAGGAGAACUAGUUCCUAAGUUCCGUGAAGAAGAAGUAAAUGGAGCAGCUCUUCUGGCUCUUAAUGAUCGUAUGGUGCAACAGCUGGUGAAGAAGAUUGGGCACCAGGCAGUGCUGAUGGACCUGAUUAAUAAAUACAGGCAACAAAAAACUGGGCUAGAAUCCCUUACAUACUGUUGUGAAACAGCUUCUUCAAAAUCUCCAGAAGUAAUCAGUGGAAAAAAUCUGAAAUCAUUUUUUGCAAGAUACAAGACGUUGCAGUGGACAAGUUCGUAUGCUUUGCCAGAUUUCCCUUACGAUGUCAAGUGCAUAUUGACAGAAAAGAAAUGCCCUGAUCACAGUAUGAGGAUAAGGAUUAUUGAAUUUUUACAAGCAGACAUGACAAAAUACCUAGAAGGAUCACUGUAUCCAAACAGUCAGCAGUAUAACAUUGUUGUCAAUGCGCUGCUGCAGGCAUACCCGUUCCUUGAUGAAGAUGGGAACGGCUUUUUGUUAUGGAAACGGGCCCUUAAAGAUCGGUUCAAAUAUGUGCGGAGACCCAUUGAAGAUGAUGAGCAAGUCCUGAGGAACAAAUGCAAGUUUGGCCACAGGCGAGGACAGAGCAGGAAAUCUUCAUUUGCUGAAAACAAACCUGAUGACAUCCAGAUGCAGGUAGAGGAACAACCUGUUCGUCUUGAAGGCAGUGUGAUGGAUGCACAUAUUCAGUGGCUUAAGCAAGAAUAUAUGAAAACUCAGAGGAACUGGAAAGAAGUGGAUAACAGAAUGAAUGUGACAAUAGAAAUACGGAGGAAGAUGAUCAGUGAUAAGGCACCUUUAAAGGACAUUCUUAGACUAUUUCCAUUUUUAAGAUGCCCUUAUCAGAUUUUUAGGGAGUUCCAGCUUCUCACACAGAUGGACAUUUAUAAGAAAACAGUUGAGAUUUUGGAGAUUUAUUCAGAAAACAUAAUAUCUUUGUAUGUGGUGAGGAAUAAUCCAAUUAACAUUAUGCUGCAAGAAAAUCUGAAGUGGCACACAGAGGAAGAGAUUCUGAAAUAUAUGAAAAUGACUGCUGCGUGUUUACUCCUGCCAGAUGUCUUUGGAGAUGAUGCCAGUCUGUUCGCUGCAGUGAACGACGAGGUAAAGGCAGUGACACCAGUGUUGGAAGUAAAAAAUCCCUUCAAUGUGAAUUCAUGCGAGUUUGCGCUGUACAUAGAAAACGAAAUGCUAGCCCAGCUCGAUGACUGCACCAUGGCUCUGGCUGCACUGCUGGCUGCAUUUCAUGUGUUCGAUAUCCCGUGCCCAAAGAGAAUCCAGAGGACGCUCAACUUCCUGCAGUCCCUGGUCUUUGAGGUGAGGAGCCCAGCAUCCCUCCCCACCCAGGUAAAGAGAGGGCUGGGGGCACCUGAGUGUCCCAGUAUCUGA